AUGGACAACCCGCACGGGUCCGUGCUGCAGCUCUGGGCCUGCCCGGGCCGGCCUGACGCGGCGGAGAGCAUGAAGUUCGAGCUCCACGCCGCCGGCAGCGACGCCACGCGAGGGACCAUCCGGCCCGCGAGGGACGCGUCGCUGUGCGUGAGCGUGCCCGCCGACGAGCCGGCCGCCCGCCUGGAGAUCCGGCCCUGCGCGGAGGACUCCCCCAGCGGCAUCUUCAUGUUCGUGGGCGCUGGCGCCCCCGCGCUGGGGGCGCGGCCCGCGGCGCCGCCCGCGGGACCGCCCGCCGUGGGCGUGGCGCCCCUGGCCGCCAGGGGCGACGCCGAGGCUGCCGAGCCCAGGCCCAGUGCCGUGACGGCCCAGGAGGCCGCGAAGGCGGCGGCCGCGGACCCCGCGCAGGAGUGGCUCCAAGAGGCCGCCGUGGCGCGGCUGCGGCGGCAGCGCGCCGCGCGGGCGGCGCCGACGGCCCUGGCCGACGAGGCGCUCCCCGGCGCGAUUGGGGCCAGGGCGCCCGCCCACGAGACGGAUGCGGAGAAGGCCCGGCGGGAGGCGCACGCGGAGGCCGAGCUGCUCGCGCUCGGGGACGGGGCCCCGGCCGACGCGGCCGGGUGA